UGAUAUAUAAUUAUACGCAAAAUGACUACUUCAGCUUGCAACGGGUAUUUAUUUGUUUCCUGUGGAGUGCGAUUUGUUUUUCCUCGGUUAUUUUUAUCAAAUAGAAGAAACUAUGCUUGUAAUGUAUUGCAACAAAUGCUUUAAGCCAAAAACGAUAGAGAACUCAAAUAAAUUCUACAUUUCCAAAUGUAGUCACAUCUUCUGCCAGCUGUGCUUGCCUACGGGUCCAUGCCAUGCAUGCAAAGCGCCCUACAAAGCCAGGACAAUCGACGCUAAUAUGCCCAAAGCAAUGGAGAUUUAUUUCGAACCACCAGAAAAAGCAUUUCGUAGAUUUCAAAAAAUACUCCAAUUCCAAACAUCGCAGUAUGCAUUAUACGCUCACUACUGGCUUAAUGUAAUGCCACUUCAAAUUCAAGAAGACUUGAAGAAAUUUAAUGGAAUGAGGAGAAUCAGUGCCCAUCUGAAUGAGAAAUUAGCACACGAAACCAAGAGAAUUGAAAAACUGAAACUAUAUUUGGCAUAUAAAAAGCGGUGCUCACAAGAGUUGAAUCAGAUGCGUCAACGUCCGGUUCGUGGCCGUUCAUCCACGGUCUCAUCCAACAGUAGAUAUAAUAAUCUAGUCAACCGCCUUAAAACUCCAACAAUAAGUAGUUUAUCGGAAGUUACUCUGUCUAGUGCCAAUUGCUCAAACUGUACAGAUUUGAGCAAACAAGGGGGUUCCUUUUCCAAACGUGCGCGAAAUGAUUUCAGAAUUUAAGCGUUAUGACGCCUCACGCGCUAUUAAAACUUAGCGUAUUAGUAAGAAUCUACUUAAUCUAAUUUUACUUAUGUUUUAUUUGAAAUAUGCAAAAUUGAGUUAAGAACUAAAAAUAAAUAAAAAUAAAAUAAAUACUCUAUUCAA